UUUACUGAUAGUCCUCAUUGAACCUGCGUGAAGUUAGUUACGAAAGCUGACUGACUAUAGAAAAAAAUGGUCAGCGCAGAGAAUAAUUUUUCUCCAAAGGAUUUAUUUCAAUAUGCAGAAAUGCUGCUAAAGGAAUCUAAAGUUCGAGAAAUAACCUUGCAGCAUUGUACCAACAAUUACAGCUGGUUGUGUUCUAAGCACCUGCAGAUUGAAGAUAGCAAGACUAAUAAGGAGCUGGAAAGGUUACGGCCUAUGAUACAAAAGAUGUCAUCGGAAAAUUGCGCCAAAAUCGCUGUCAAACUGGACGCCAUGACAGACGGCGAGGAAAUGUCAUCGACCAUACUGCGAACUCUGAAAAAACUUUUGAAUGAACAAUAUAGCAUACAGCUGAUGGAAGAUAAUGUCGCUAAAGCUAAAGAGAAGGGUUUGAAAAAAGUAAGGCCUUAUAAUAAGGUCCACCCUGAACUGAUCCCCGAUGGUAGACAGGCUACCGUGUCCUUUAUACUGUAA